AGAAUUGAAAUUCAUUACAGGCUGCUGGUUUGCUGUUGCAACUGAGACAGAAGUGGCAUAGUUUAUUUCUGCGUCGUAUGCGAGCUCCUUCUAAACCGUGGUCUCAAGUUGAUGAAACAACUGUAAGAGCAAUUGUAGCUGUUUUAAGUUCUGAAGAACAGUCUGCAGGUUUGCAGCAGCCUUCAGGAAUUGGUCAGAGACCAAGACCUAUGACUUCUGAAGAACUUCCUGUAACAUCUACAUGGAGGUCAACCAACAGUAGAAAAAGCUUAGCAGAAACUGAAUUCUCUGAUGAUUCCUCUAAUGCUGAAAAAGUUUUAAUGAAGUCUGCGCUUCCUGCACUUCACCAGCCAAAGAAGUACAAGGACAAAGCCAUUUUGCGCUCCAAACGAGCUUUAGAUGACAGGUCAGAUCAAUCAUCAGUGAAGUCUACAGACAGCAGUAGCUAUCCAAGCCCCUGUGCUAGUCCUUCUUCUCCAACCUCUGGAAAGGAUUCCAAAUCUCCUUCACCAAGACCAAAUAUGCCAGUCUGGUACUUUAUAAUGAAAAGUAGCAACGUGCAAAACAUUGAUAUUUCUCAACAGAAGGGUAUAUGGUCUACUACGCCAAGUAAUGAGCGAAAGCUAAAUAGAGCCUUUUGGGAGAGCAGCAUGGUUUACUUGAUAUUUUCUGUUCAAGGGUCUGGACACUUUCAGGGUUUUGCUAGAAUGGCGUCAGAGAUAGGGUGUGAGAAAAGUCAAGACUGGGGAUCUGCUGGUUUUGGAGGGGUAUUUAAGGUGGAGUGGAUCCGAAAAGAAAGCAUUCCUUUCCAGUUUGCACACCAUUUGCUCAACCCUUGGAAUGAUAAUAAGAAAGUACAAAUAAGCAGGGAUGGCCAGGAACUGGAGCCACAGGUUGGAGAGCAGUUGCUACAGCUUUGGGACAGUAUUCCUUUGACAGGAAAAAACUCAACUGAUUGAGCAUGUCAAGUAAUGUGAUAGAGCUGUCGUGGUUGAAACAUCAGAUAUAACUACUAGAACCAGUAGCAAGCCUGCAGUACGAAGAUGAGGAAGAAGGUGGCACAACAAGCUCCAGAAGUUGUUAGUCAUGCUGUGAAGCUAGUAGAGGAAAAAUAAGGGGUAUUAUGUUGGUUUCAGUAUUUCCUUGUCUUAACAAAUGUCCUGAUGUUACUCACCAGCCUAGUUUUGACUGAAUUAGUUUUUUAUAGUAGCAUGCAAUUGAUAUUUAAAAACACAUUUAAAUUCCAAACUGAGUUUGAAACAGUGGACCACAUGCAAGUUGUUUGUGGGUUUAAAAUAGCACAGCAGACAGUUUAAAUAUACAGUUUACGUUUAAAGCUUUCUCAACACAAUAAAAUCUGUGAGAGAAACCAGUGUAAUGUGAAUUAAUCAAUCUUGCAGUUUGCUUAAAAUAAAUAAAUUGAGAAUGCA